UGACAUAAGCAAUAAAUAUAUAAAUAGAUCUAUAUACGAGCGUAUACGUCCAUAUAAAGUUAUUGAACAUUCAUUUUUGUGACAUUUUUCAUUCUUAUUAUCGAGGAAUUUUUCAAGGACCUGUCAUAACAUGGGAAAUAGAAAAAUGUAAACUAUCAAAUUAAAAUGAACGUAUAGAUCAACUGUGAUAAAAGUUUAAAUGUCUGGUCAUAUUAAAAUUUAGGAUUAAUUGGAUAACUGAUACCGUGAUAGAUUGUUAGCAUGCGCAUUCAGAUAAGAAUGGAUGUGGGGAAAAGGCUUCAAUAUUUUGUUUCAUGAAUGAUUUUAUCGAUAUGAGAGAGGUACUUCAAGCAUUCAAAUAUUCGCCUACAGGUAUGUGUAAAAACUUCUGCCAUUCAAACCUUUUCGAGUAAACAAUGUUCUAUUUACAAUUUUUAAACAAUUUCUGUGUCUAGAUUCUGUGGAGACUUAAAUUAAGAUAUGUCUUACGAUAUUAGGAAUUAGCUUCUGAAUUGUCGAAUGAUUGUAUUUCUCGCACGGGUGACAGGAUAAGGACCCACGCCACGGCGGUUGCCGAGAUAAAAGUAUCUAUACAUGUAUAUAUCUUUUUCGUUGAUUUGGCGGGUAAAAUUGUCUAACGAGGCAUAGUCUUUCGGGAAUUGGUUAUUGGCAGAUGAUGCAGUGGAAUUUCAACAAGGAUGUGAAAUAUGUUACAGAUCAUCAACACAAUGCAUUGAGCUGUUCUGUGCUAAAAAAGAAACGAUGAAGCGAGGUGUCCUUCCUUUAUUUUUCCUUCUUUUGGACCAAGCAGACUUUAGCCAACACACGAAAAAUAACUUUGACAAUGAAAUUUUCUAUUGCCACGGAGAUUACUGCAACACGUAUGGACAGAUCGAGUUUUGCAGUGAGGUAUUCAAGAAGUGUCGCCCUUGCACUGACGUCCUAGACGAUUGCUUUACUAGUCAGCUACCGACAAACUGCACCAGUACAUGCAAACAGCACCAACUUGAACAAGUGACCAAGUUAGCAAAAGAAAAACCGUGUCCUAUACUGGCGGAAAUUAACCAUGGAGAACAUAAUGGAUCCCUAUUAGACGCACAAAAACCUGGUGAAAUAAUCCAGUUUACUUGUAAACCGGGGUAUCGGUUAAAGGGAUCUAGGCGUUUAGAAUGUAAAGAAUAUGGUAUCUGGUCAAAGGAUAUUCCCACGUGUGAAGAAGUGGUAUGUCCAGUACUUUCCAAUGUGGCAAAUGGUGAACAUAACGGUUCCUCAUACUCCUUAAUACCAGGUGACGUUGUUGUGACAUCCUGUGCAUAUGGCCAUCAGCUGUAUGGUGAUAGCACAACUGUAUGUAACAGCAAUGGCUUUUGGACGCACCCUCUACCCUUAUGCGAACUGAUCAUGUGCCCACGACCGCAUCCAAUCAGAAAUGGGAUUUGGCCUUCAUUUCCUACGAAACGGUAUGAGCCAGGUAUUACUUUAAAUGCACAAUGCGAACAAGACUACUUUAUGGAUGGUUCUGCUUUGUGGAACUGUUCAAAUGAAGGAUACUGGACCAGCAAGGGCAGGUUUUGGCCAGUUUGUUUUCCUCCAGGAGAGUCCUCCAAACAAGAUUGUACUACUUACAAUGCAACAACAAUAACCCUUGGAGUUCUACUGCUUGUUAGCAUCAGCAUUAAUGUGAUACUUGUGAUACUAUACUUUAAACAAAGACCACGUGGAGCUUGUCAGAACCAUCACAAACAAGAGUUACCUGAAAUGGGAAACGUAAAUAAAUGGAAAGGCAUGGAUGUAUCUGAAGGUGAAACAGAAAAGCUUAUUGAUAAAAAUGACGAAAUUAAUGAGGUGCAGAAAGUAGUAUCCCUUGAUAAAAGCAGAAAAGCUAAAGGAAAGGUUGUUCCAAUGGAUACAAACAACAUUCCGGAACCAAAUACAGUAAACAGCCACAGCAAAGAACCAUCUUAUCCUCCGAGCAGCAAAGGACCAUCUUAUCCUCCGAGCAGCAGAGAUACAUCUCAGCUUCCGAGCAGCAAAGAACCAUCUCAUCCUCCAAGCAGCAAAGAACUAUCUCAGCCUCCGAGCAGCAAAGAUACAUCUCAAGAGCCCCCAGCACAUGUUACAGUGGUGAACGUGUACAACACCAAUGAGAACACCAACCAGAACACAGUUAUAAACAGAACAUCUGAUGACGUCAUAAAUCAGCAAACAACACCGAAGACCAUAUCAGCCGACGAUGUUACGCACAACAAUCCCGAAUCAACUCCACCCAAUACAAAAGAGGAUGACAAAGCACCAAUUGAAGAAUCAGUAAUAACAUUUCAACCUACUCAGCCCGAAUCAUCAGAUGGCAUUCCAGCAAGUCAGUCUGAAUUUGGUGGACGACAACCAACUCAGCCCGAGUCAUCUGGUAAUGCACAUGCCAUUUAUUCGCGAAGUCCAACAAGAGAUGAUGCUCCAGAAACUACUGCACUGUGUGUUCAACAGAAAGUAAAUAAUGAACAAGACAUCGGCCAAAAGGUAGUCCUUCCAAACAAUGAAAUAAACACCGAUGAUAUUAAUGUUUGAUGACUACUUUAUUAGCUUGUAGCCUAAUGAAAUAGAAUAUGUGAUAAUUUUUAUGCCCUCGGGUAUAUUGUUUUGCUGAUGUCGGUCGAUCAGUCUGUCAGUUGACCAAUCGGUUUUCGGAUGAUAACUCAAGAACGCUUGGGCAUAUGAUCAUGAAAGUUGAAAGCAAGAUUGAUCAUGACCAGCAGAUGACCCCUUUGGAUUUUAAGAUCAGUAGGUCAAAGGUCAAGGUCACAGUGACCCUGAACAAUUAAACGGUUUCCGGAUGAUAACUCAAGAACACUUGGGCCUAGGAUCAUGGAAGUUGAUAGGGAUGCUUGUCAUAACCAGCAGAUGACCCCUAUUGAUUUUGAGGUCAGUAGGUCAAAGGUCAAGGUCACAGUGUACCCGGAACAUUUAAGCGGUUUCUGGACAAUAACUUGAGAAUGAAUGGGCCUAGGGUCACUAAACUUAAUAGGGAGGUUGAUCAUGGCCAGCAAAUGACCCCUAUUGAUUUUCAGAUCGGUAGGUCAAAAGUCAAGGUCACAGUUACCCGGAACAGUUAAACUGUUUCCGGAUGAUAACUUGAGAACGCUUGGGCCUAAGAUCACGGAUCUUAAUAGGGAGGUUGAUCAUGAGCAGCAGAUGCCCCUAUUGAUUUUGAGGUCAGUAAGUCAAAAGUGAAGGUCACAUUGACCCAGAACAGUAGAACGUUUUUUUUCCCAAAUAACUAGAGAAUGCUUUGGUCUAAGGUCACAUUUGAUACGGAGGUCACUUAUGGCUGGUAAAUGACCCAUAAUUAUUGAUUUGAGGUCAGUACGACAAACAUCCAGUGCACAGUGACCAAAUAAUUUCUGUUCCUUGUGCAGUUACUGAAUGCACCAAGAGGGGCAUUUCGUGUGCUACGAGCUCUUGUUAACGUGAAAAUUAUGGGUUGUUCAAUAUUUCUCAGAAACAAAGGGUCACAUAAAGCAUGUCGCCAGUAUGUACCGUUCCAACUAUACAUAUUUUCUGUGCCUAAAACUUAAUAAGAGGCUACAACAGGCGUAAUUAAAAUAUUUGACAGAAAAUAGAUUAAAUUUGGAAACUUAUUUUCAUUAUUUUAUCAUCGGCUCAGAAUUACCUAAAAUGUACUGUCGUUUUUAUACCUGAAUUACUAAAGACUUAUUUACUAGUGCAACUUAGAUGAGUUAAAAAAUUCUGAUUACGCCGCAAAGAUAACAGAUGAAACUUAUUGCCGGCCAAAAUAUUUCAAAGUUAUGACAUUUUUUGUAUUGUUUAUAUCAUUUUAUUUAAUGUCGCAAGACUCAAUGUAAUCUUAAAAAACUUAAUUCUAUAACUUUCUACUGUAAAAGCAUAUCCUUGGAAAAUAUCUUUUAAAUAAAAUCAAUUCAAGCCACGACAUGCCCUGCAUAAAUAGCGGUUAUUGUUUAUGGUGUAUGUUCUUUGAAAAACAUUAACGAUGGUAAGUAUAAAAAGAAAAAAUGUCAUAUGUCAAUCUAUUUUUGGGGAAAAUUUUAUAAGGAAAUAAUACCUUUGUAAUCUACCUAAUGUAAUCUACGUUACAUCAACUAUUCGAAAAUACAUUAUUCAAAUGUUCUUUGGUCAUUGUAACACAUCGCAUUACUAAGAUACCAUUUUAAAGGUUCUAUAUAUUGAUUAUUAGUUUGAUGAGUUACAACGUUUUAUCUUAAAACGUCAUAUGCGUCAAUUUUUUUGCCUUUACUCAAGUGUGCUGAAGAUAACCAUUGAACAGCUCAAACUUAAUUAUUUAUGAUUUGUUUACUUACUUUGAGUUUCUGAACAUACUAAUGACUCAUUGUUCCUGUUAUUUAUAAAAAUGAUAUCAGCAUCAAUCAAUUUCGUUUGAAAAGCAGUAUUUACAGCGAUGACCCAUUGUGAUUCAAAAGCUUCAAUCACCAUUCUGGGCAAAACGUGAUUAUUUCAAACUGUUAUGGGAAUGAUAUUCUGUAGGAUUAUCUUAUUAAUGUCCUUUUCAUUUGUUUGUUUAAUGUUACGUCUAUUUUGAAACUGGCCCAUAUUUGCUUAAAUGGUAAAUCUCUUUUUCAUGUUGGUAACGUAAAUUAUAAAUUGUUCUUGACUUUUCCAUUUACACUAUAAAUAAAUGAAGAAAAUCAUUAUAUUAGUACUUGAAAAGCAUAUUAAACAUAUAUUUUUUAAACAACCUGACACAAAGUGUACUGAUAUGAUGAAAUAAUCAAUCAUAUAAAAUAUGCACAUAUAUUUGAUUUCAAAACAGUAACGAAGAUAAUUAACCACGUAGAUUACCAACUUUUAGUUUUUCAGUUGCAUGAGUAUGACUGUAUAGUCGUGAUAAUAUAUGAGCCAACUUAUUAAACGGUUUGAAUUUAUUUAGGACAUUGGCAAACCAUAAGCUGAUAUACAAAGCGAAUAUAAGACACAGUAUAAGGCUAAAUGAGGAGAGCAUUUUCUCCUGUAUGGUUCCAAGAGAAGGAUCGAGUUAAAUGUUAACUACAAUGUUCGUAUUGUUGAAAGUUCUUGUGAAGAAAAAAUACGUCAACAUGGAACCUAAAGUCAGUUCUUGUUUUGAUAUCAGUUCAUCUGAUACUGCAAAGUUAAUUUCACCAUAAAGAUGAAUUUGAAAUGGUAGAUGCCCGCAGAUGAGCUUUAGGUCAAAUUUAGUGUAAACUAUUACUAACAAAUGCACCGGUAUGACUUGAAGAAAAUGGAAGACGUUUUGAAAUUUAUGAAAGUAAAUGAAUUAAAGACAAUUAAUUCUUUUGAACUGACUGCAUUUAUUAUUUUGAACAGACAAUGUACGUAAUAUAUUUCAAGUUGAAAUUUACUUUUAUUGAUAGAAAGUAUAAAAGAUACUAGUCAUUAUGAUACUUGGCAUUAAAAUAAACAACUCGCCAUAUUGUUUCAAACGUUAAGCAGUGUUAAUUUCCACAAUUUCUUGACAUGUUUCUUACUGUAUUUACCCAUUCAAAGUGUAUUCCCUACCUGUAAUUUACAUUACCAACACAAAUUUCUUUAAAAGAACAGGAAAAAUAAUCGAUCAAAUAUACUUAGCUGUAUAUAUAACUUUGUUCAUACAUUCUAUUACACUUAGGUUAUGUCAACAUCUAAAAUGAUAAUUAUACCCAACACUUUAGAAAGGUAAAACUGAAAUCUUCAUUACUAAAAUGUAAUCACAUGUUCAAUGCUUUAUUUAAGUUGUAUCUUGAAAUUUUAUUACUUUAGAUAGGUUGAAAUUGUUUUCAUGCACAAUGUUUCUGUAUGAGAUUAUAAACCCAAACUGUAGCACUCUAGUAUGAAUUACAGCUACUAGCUUCUUUGAAUAGCACUUUCAAAAACUAACAGCAUGUGUAUUAGAACUUAGAAACUGCAUUUCCAUAUUAGUCAAAAGGCUGUUUUGUAGCUAUGUGUGAUAUGGAAGGUAAAUUUACUGUUGUAAGAUUAUAUUUUUACAAAUAUUAGAUUAAUUAAGUAUUUCACUUGUUUAUUUUGGGAUAUAGUACGUAAUGUAGAUUACAUAGCAGAUUCUACCAUGAGUCGGGAUAUGGCUACUUUUACAGUUACCAUAAAUGGCUGAGCUCUAAUACUUUUGAUUUGAGUUCACUGAUGAUUCCUGUUGUUGAAGAUAAACAUUUUUGUUGAUAAUAUUAACAUAUUAUUUUUUUUCAGUUUUGCUAUUAAUGUGACCCUUUAUUUUGUGAAAUAGUGUGUUACGUGAACUUAGCUUACAUGCUCAAAUUUUCAAGUGUUGAGGGGGAUAAAAACAGUUUUGGAGAUUUGUGUAUAUAAUGUACUCGGUCACUCUGAUCUCCAUGUGUGUAUGUCAAAUUGCUCAGUUUCUACUCCCAUUCAGUUCGCUUAGUACAAAGAGAAGAAUAAUAUCAAUCGAGAGACUCUUAGCUCGAACACUGACGAGGUUUAAAUGUUCUUUGUGACUAUUUGGUAUAAGUCUGCAGUCUUCCGUCCAUUACCUAUCAUUCCAGCUGAUGUCAGUAUUGGUUUGGAGUUCAGGAAUACUAACUGAUCAUUUUACAAUUCCAAGAUUGUAUAUGCAUGCCAAGUUGGGUAAACUUAAGAAAUAGUGCCUUGCUCAGAUUUUAUAAUAAAUUUUGAAACAAUU